GCGGAGGCGCCGCUGUCCGCAGACCCGCCGCGGGCCGGGCAGAGCCGGGCGCCCCCUGCCCCGCUGCCCGCUCCUCCCCGCCGCUCCCCGCGAGCCCGGCCCGGCGCGCCUGACGUGGACCGUUAAACUUGGAGCUGCCGCGUCGUCCCCUCUCUCCUCCUCCUCCCUCUGACAGGCGAGCGAGCGGCUCGGUGCAGGCAGGAGACGUGCUGCCGGGCUGGGCUGCCCGGGGGAGAUGACUUCUCGCCAGGAGGGCGCCUCUGGGAAGAAGACCACGGGGGAAGCAAAGUUUCAGGGCAGCUGAGGUGCCUUCGCCAGCCCUUCCCAGCCCUGUCACCCCUCUGGCUAUGGAGGGCGGACUCUAAAAUGAAUCCCGAUCUGGACACCGGCCACAACACAUCAGCACCUGCCCACUGGGGAGAGUUGAAAAAUGCCAACUUCACUGGCCCCAACCAGACCUCGAGCAACUCCACACUGCCCCAGCUGGACAUCACCAGGGCCAUCUCCGUGGGCCUGGUGCUGGGCGCCUUCAUCCUCUUUGCCAUCGUGGGCAACAUCCUAGUCAUCUUGUCUGUGGCCUGCAACCGUCACCUGAGGACGCCCACCAACUACUUCAUCGUCAACCUGGCCAUUGCCGACCUGCUGCUAAGCUUCACCGUGCUGCCCUUCUCCGCGGCCCUGGAGGUGCUCGGCUAUUGGGUGCUGGGCCGUAUCUUCUGUGACAUCUGGGCCGCCGUGGAUGUCCUGUGCUGCACAGCCUCCAUUUUGAGCCUGUGCGCCAUCUCCAUCGACCGCUACAUCGGGGUGCGCUACUCUCUGCAGUACCCCUCGCUGGUCACCAGGAGGAAGGCCAUCUUGGCGCUCCUCAGCGUCUGGGUCUUGUCCACGGUCAUCUCCAUUGGGCCUCUUCUUGGGUGGAAGGAACCGGCGCCCAAUGAUGACAAGGAAUGUGGGGUCACUGAAGAACCCUUCUAUGCCCUCUUCUCCUCCCUGGGCUCCUUCUACAUCCCUCUGGCGGUCAUCCUGGUCAUGUACUGCCGGGUCUACAUCGUUGCCAAGAGGACCACCAAGAACCUGGAGGCUGGAGUCAUGAAGGAGAUGUCCAACUCCAAGGAGCUGACCUUGAGGAUCCACUCCAAGAACUUUCACGAGGACACCCUCAGCAGUACCAAGGCCAAGGGCCACAACCCCAGGAGUUCCAUAGCUGUCAAACUUUUUAAGUUCUCCCGGGAAAAGAAAGCAGCCAAGACCUUGGGCAUUGUAGUCGGUAUGUUCAUCUUGUGUUGGCUACCCUUCUUCAUCGCUCUACCACUUGGCUCCCUGUUCUCCACCCUGAAGCCCCCCGACGCCGUGUUCAAGGUGGUGUUCUGGCUGGGCUACUUCAACAGCUGCCUCAACCCCAUCAUCUACCCGUGCUCCAGCAAGGAGUUCAAGCGCGCCUUCGUGCGCAUCCUCGGGUGCCAGUGCCGCGGCCGCCGCCGCCGCCGCCGUCGCCGCCGCUUGGGCGGCUGCGCCUACACCUACCGGCCGUGGACGCGCGGCGGCUCGCUGGAGCGGUCGCAGUCGCGCAAGGACUCGCUGGAUGACAGCGGCAGCUGCCUGAGCGGCAGCCAGCGGACCCUGCCCUCGGCCUCGCCGAGCCCCGGCUACCUGGGCCGCGGCGCGCCGCCGCCCGUCGAGCUGUGCGCCUUCCCGGAGUGGAAGGCGCCCGGCGCCCUGCUGAGCCUGCCCGCGCCCGAGCCCCCGGGCCGCCGCGGCCGCCACGACUCGGGCCCGCUCUUCACCUUCAAGCUGCUGGCCGAGCCCGAGAGCCCCGGGACCGACGGAGACGCCAGCCACGGGGGCCACGAGGCCGCAGCCGACGUGGCCAACGGGCAGCCCGGCUUCAAAAGCAACAUGCCCCUGGCGCCUGGGCAGUUUUAGGGCCCCGCGCACCGCUUCCUUUCCCUGGGGAGCCAAUCAUCGU